UUGUUAGUUUAAGUUUAACCAUCGCACCGCUUGAGUCGCGAUCCAGUUGCUCAGCAGUUCCCCUCUUCCUGGAAGGACCCGCCGUCACAAAAAUCGAGUGCUGCUUUUUUUUGCUUUACUUUACUACCCUGGAAUCUGCAUAAAUCCACAAAAUGAAAUUAUUUUUAUGUGCCAUGGCUGUGACGCUUUGUCUGGCAGCGACAACUGUAUCCGGAGCCGGCUUCGAGUGCCCCAAGCCCAAUGGCCAGUUCGCCGAUGAGAUUCAGUGCGACAAGUUCCAUGUCUGCGAGGAUGGUGUGCCCAAGGCGAGACUCUGCCCAGACGGUUUGGUCUUCGAUCCCCUGAAUCGCAAGUUCAACAAAUGCGACCAGCCCUUCAAUGUAGACUGCGAGGAUCGUACGGAAUUGCAGGAGCCCAAGUCCAGCAAGUAUUGUCCGCGCAAGAACGGGUUCUUUGCCCAUCCCGAUCCGUCUGUGUGCAACAUCUUCUACAACUGCAUCGAGGGCGACGCACUGGAGACCAAGUGUACCGUCGGCCUGCACUUCGAUGAGUACUCUGGCACCUGCGUGUGGCCCGAUACGGCCAAGCGUGAGGGCUGCAAUCCCGAGCAGAGAAUGUCUGAGACUGGCUUCGAGUGCCCCAAGGAUCAGCCAAAGACCGAUGAUCGCGGUCAGGUUGUGACCCAUCCCAAGUAUCCCCAUCCCACAGAUUGCCAAAAGUUCUACGUUUGCCUGAACGGCGAGGAUCCGCGCGAUCUGGGCUGCCAGCUGGGCGAGGUCUACAACGAUAACACAGAGAUGUGUGACGCACCCGAAAAUGUGCCCGGCUGCGAGGACUGGUACAAGGAUGUCGAUGAUAAGAAGGACUAAGCCGGCUGUUGUUCAGCGCUGCCCGCCGAUAUAAGCUCCACAUGCGCGUCUCCCACUUCCUCUCUCUCUCUCUCCCUCUCUCUCUGCUAUCCAACUUCACACACACACAUGACACCCAACACCUACACAGUCACACACUUAUGCACACAAAAAUAGACACUGAGAAAAAUGGAUUCGCGUCGUAGUCACUUAAAGUUAGUUUUUCUAGCCCAUUUCCUAUAGAACCUAGCAGUUAAACUAUAAUCCUCUGUCCAACUGUCUGACUGUCUGACUGUCUGGCUGUCUCGUUCUAUCGAUUCCGUUCUAUCCAGCUAUUUUCUUCACUUUCUGUGUCUACCUCUACCGCCUCUCUGUCUAUCACUCUGUGCCCAACUGAAUCUACUGCCAAAUUGUUGUGUAUAUAUUUCCUCACUCUUUCUGACUUUCAUUUAAUUAUUAUACAAGAAAAUAAACUGAUUUUUUUUAUAUAAACUAC